UGAUUCCAUAAGUUCUAGGUCGUACAUACACAUUCAUAUAAACACAAGACCUAUCUAAAGCCAGAUAACUGUUUAAACUUAAUUUACAAAAUGUAUACAUGUAUUACCUCCCUUUAUUUGUUAUAUUAUCGAACCCUUUCAACUUGUAUGUAAAUGAAACAUUUUUCACGCAUCAGUAAGUAAUGUUAGAUCAAAUAUUUACAAAAUCAAUAGUGUUAUGUGUAUCAAAAUAACAGUACAUGUAUUGAAAAAAAAAUGUGUGUCAAGUUUUCGGGUGAACGAGCACCGGAUAUCCAAUAAUACUGUAACACAAUAUUGUUGAGUACCCAUAAACAGGCCUAAUUUGAAUUUCAAACAGCUGGAUAUAGCGUCAGUUGAUAUACAUGUAUGCCUGCAUUGUCAUUUAAAACCACUUCUUUAUGCAAAAACAUUACAAAUGUAUCGUAUAAAAAGAUUUUAACACAGAUUCGGAUAAACAUGUGAAACACGCGGAAGUUUACUUUACGAAAUAUUUUGUAAUGCCGGGAUUACAAGGUGGGGCCCGGGAGUACAAAUCAGACCAGGAGUCCAUUGAUUCUCAAGGUUCUGUUACAGUAAGCCAGGUCAGCGGCAAUUAUGGUGGUCCGUAUGACAACGAAGCCUACAUACAGUCGGUGGCAGCUUCACGUGCAACAUUAGCGACAACUCAGACGGAUGACAGCCGAAAGCAGUUGUAUGGCGUUGACGAAAAUGAGGAACGCGGUAACUGGGACGGUCGGUUCGACUUCCUGUUGUCGUUGCUAGGUUAUGCUGUAGGCCUUGGUAACGUCUGGAGGUUUCCAUAUCUAUGUUACAGAAAUGGAGGUGGAGCCUUUCUCAUACCUUUCGCUAUAAUGAUGUGUAUAGUGGGCGUGCCAUUGUUUUACAUGGAGGCCUCUAUAGGUCAGUUCACAAGUAGGGGUCCGAUGACGUGUUGGGGAUUUGCUCCGGUUUUCAAAGGUGUAGGUAUUUCAAUGGUAUUAGUGUCUGCUAUGACGUCGAUGUAUUACAACAUGAUCCUUGCAUGGUCAAUCUACUACAUGUUUGCCUCCUUCACCAGCAACCUACCGUGGACAGACUGUUACAACAGAUGGAAUAGCCAACAUUGUUCUCAGAAACUGCCACUGACCACGUGCGAUGAUGGCAUCAAAUACGGCAAUGGCACGUGUUUUGAGGAUGACGAGAUGGCAGGUGUCUGGAAUGACACACUGUUUGAGGAGAAGACAGGAAUAAAACGUGUGUCACCAGCGGAGGAGUACUUCAACAAGGUGUCACUGCAGCUGAGUUCGGGUAUAGACGAGUUUGGACAGCCUCACUGGUACCUGGUCCUGUGUCUGAUGCUUGCCUGGAUUAUUGUAUUCUUCUGCCUUAUCAAAGGGAUCAAAUCAACCGGCAAGGUUGUAUAUUUUACUGCGGUUUUUCCGUAUGUUGUGCUUCUUAUACUGUUUUUCCGAGGGGUGACGCUAGACAAUGCUGGUGAAGGAAUCAAGUACUUUAUUGUGCCAGUCUGGGACCGCCUUCUCGAUGCUAGGGUUUGGAAGGAUGCGGCAGUACAAAUAUUUUUCUCAAUGUCUAUAGCUGGAGGAGGGUUAGUGACGUUGUCCAGUUACAACAGAUUUCAUAACAAUAUACUUAAAGAUACAGUGAUAGUUUGUCUAGGGGAUUUCUUCACGUGUAUAUUUGCUGGAUUUGUAAUAUUUUCCUACCUCGGUUUUAUGGCGGGAAAACAAGGAACUACAGUAGAUAAAGUAGCACAAGAUGGUGCGGGAUUGGCGUUUGUUGUUUAUCCCGAGGCUGUCACAAAUCUACCGGCCCCUCCAUUCUGGUCCAUACUGUUCUUCUUUAUGCUCAUAACGCUUGGGCUGGAUAGCCAGUUUGCUAUGGUAGAGACAGUGUUGACGGGAUGUAUGGACCAAGUGCCAGUUCUCCGCCAGUUUAAAACAUUUGUUAUUCUAGUUAUAUGUGCCAUAUUUUUUCUUCUUGGCCUACCACUUACAUGCUCAGGUGGAAUGUAUCUCCUACAAAUCCUGGAUAACUUUGUUGGAGGUUGGACGUUACUAAUCAUUGGGUUUGCAGAGAACAUGGCUAUAGCAUACUGUUACGGUGUACCAAGGUUUUGCAAGGAUUUGGAAGUAAUGCUUGGGUUUCCACAGAACAUCUACUUCAAAAUUUGUUGGUAUGCUGUCAGUCCUCUUGCCGUACUGUUUAUAUUUGUGUUCACAUUUGUCGACUACGAGGCGUCUACCUAUGGCGACUAUACGUUCCCAGCCUGGGCAGAUGGUAUAGGCUGGGUGUUGGCCUGUCUCGUCAUUUCACCUAUAAUUAUAGUUAUGUUUUAUACACUCGCCAAAGAGGAUGAUACGGACAGUCCUUUAGAGAAACUGCGGUUACUGAUAACCCCAACUAGAGAAUGGGGACCCUAUCUGGUGAAACAUCGACGCUUGAUCGAGCAUGUGGAAGGUUUUGUUGUUGAUCCUUACGAGGAGAAACAGACAACCAGAGGAUAUUCAAAAUAUUCAGACAUAAAUCGUUCACAGAGCAUAUCAACAAUAGCAAGUAAAUCUUCGAUGCCAUCAUUUAACCGAUCUUUUGGAAACUUAUCAGCCACUUACAGUGCUAACAUUUCUCUAGGGUCUCAGAAAUCCAAGCAGUCUCGUAUGACGGUUGAAUCUACAGUUUAACAGAGACUUGUUUCAUUUAAAUGAACUAUAUAUUUAUGUGAUAGUUACACAGGAAAAGCCUCUUGAGACUUUUAACAUAAUUUACUGUUACUCUACAGUUAAGUAUGUCAGUAGAAGUGAGUCUGAAAAUAUCCUGUUGUCACAGAAGAACUGGCAGAAACUCGCCGUUUUAUUUCACAGAUAAAUCAAAGCACUGAGAGGACUGAUGUGGGCAGCGGUUGACAGCUUCUGGUAAUGGGCAUGAACAGUUAGCUUAAGUUUGGUGAUUCUAGUUAAACUAUUUUUGAUUAAUAAGCAUUUUCAACCAUUUUUUACCAAAUCAAGGGCCAAAACUCUGCUUUUACUUUGUCAAAGGGGAUAAAAUGAUAUAUGAGCAAAGCUCAUGUGCUUAUUGAAGAUUUUGUGAGGUUUGGUUAAUCUUGCUGAACAUCUUUUUUGAAUUAUAAGCAUUUGUUUAACAAAUCAGUGGGAAACACUCUGCUUUUACUCGAACAGUUUAAUGUGAGCAAAGGUCAUGGACAAUUGAUAAUUAUGUAAUGUUUGGAGAUUCUGUUUAUAACAAGAGCUUGUAGAACACUUGCAUGAAUUAACUGACAAGGAACAGAAUUUAUUGGUCACUGCACACUGGACAUUUGACGUAUUGACAUUAAAUCAUAACAAGGCAGUCUGAAAGACAGCUAAAUCCCCCGCCACUGCUAUGGAUAGUGAAAAGGUAAACCUUUGACCUUUAGCUGUGACCUUGACCUUGAACUGAUAUGGCUGACCCAUGAACUCUGCACAAUGUCUUGAUGAGGUGAUCAUUUGACCAAAGUUUCAUGAAAACCCUUCAAGGGGUUUAGGAGAUACAGAGCUCAAACCUUUGACCUUGAGUUGUGUUCUUGACCUUGAGUUGACAUGGCUGACUCAUGAGUUCUUGAUGGGGUGAUCAUUUGACCCAAGUUUGAUGAAAAUCCUUCAAGGGGUUUACGAGAUACAGAGUGGAAACAAAAUGGAAGGCUCAAACCUUUGACCCUAAGUUGUGACCUUGACCUUGAGCCAGCAUGGCUGACUCAUAAGUUCUGCACAUCGUUUUGAUGAGGUGAUCAUUUGACCCAAGUUUUAUAAAAUUCCUUCAAGGGGUUUAGGAGAUACAGAGCAGACACAAAAUGGAAGGCUAAAACAUUUGACCUCGAGUUGUGACCUUGACAUUGAGCCGGUAUGGCUGACUCAUGGUUUCUACACAUUGUCUUGAUGAGAUGAUCAUUUGACCCAAGUUUCAUGAUUAUCCUUCAAGGGGUUUAGGAAAUACAGAGCGGACACAAAAUGGAAGGCUCAAACCUUUGACCUUCAGUUGUGACCUUGACCUUGAACCGACAUGGCUGACUCAUGUGUUAUGCACAUCGUCUUGAUGAGGUGAUCAUUUGACCCAAGUUUCAUGAUCAUCCUUCAAGAGGUUUAGGAAAUAUAGAGCGGACACAAAAUGGAAGGCUCAAACCUUUCUGGCAUGGCUGACUCAUGGGUUCUGCACAUCGUCUUGAUGAGGUAAUCAUUUGACCCAAGUUUUAUAAAAUUCCUUCAAGGGGUUUAGGAGAUACAGAGCGGACACAAAAUGGAAGGCUCAAACCUUUGACCUUGAGUUGUGAACUUGACCUUGAGCCGACAAGGCUUACUCAUGGGUUCUGCACAUCGUCUUGAUGAGGUGAUCAUUUGACCCAAGUUUCAUGAAAAUCCUUCAAGGGGUUUAGGGGAUAUGGAGCGGACACGAAAGUGUUACGGACAGACGGAAAGGCGGAAGAACGGACUGAGACCAUUUCUAUAACCCCCCACCAUUUGUGGCGGGGGAUUAAUUAUGGGUCAUUUACCAGUCUUAAAUGACUUCCGUAUCAGAUGUGAUUUUACACCAAAUCAUAAUCUAGUUUUCUGGCAAAAAGUUCUAUUGUCAAUGAGCUCUUGAUCUUUGACCUACUGAACUAGGGGUCAUCUGCUGGUCAUGACAAAUCUCCCGCUCAACAUUCGUGAUCCUAUCCCAAGCCUUCUCCAGUUAUCAUCCGAAAACCGAUUGGUCUACAGACCGACCGACAUCCGUCAAACAAUAACAUUUACAAUAUACCCCGCCUCCUUUGAAGAAGAGCAAUUAAUUUUCAAACUAGAAGAUGCCCAUGUCUCCCCCAGUGUAUAGUUUUAAUAGGCAAGAAGUCAAUAGAGGAUAAGAGCGAAAGACAAAGAGACACUAAUGGUUGGCUGCAAUAGGGAUCAUCUACUUGGCGUGUCCAAUCACCCUAUACAUGAAGUUUCAAGAUUUUGGGUCAAGUGGUUCUCAAGUAAACCGUUUUCCAUGUUCAGGUCCCUGUAACAUUGACCUUUAAUCGAGUGAGCCCAAAGUCAACAGGGUUCAUCUGCUCUGCAUGUCUAAUCAUCUCAUUGCAGUCUUCCGAAGCCCGUUACUGUUUAAGUAUCCGAGAAGAAAUCGUACGCCAGUUCGUGCAUAUUUUGGGGACGAAAACACCGCGAAUCUACCGGCGAUUAAAAGGUGAACUUGUUUAAAAUAAUGUUUCUUUCGAAUUAAUUAUACCCUGUAAUAAAAUGUCAGUCACAAACAGCAGCUAGAAUGUAAAAUUAAAUCAAAUUGAAGUGCAUAUGUUCGU